GCUAUGGAACAUUUGUGCUCAGAAGGAAGUGAGACUUUGAACCGUGCAGCGCGUGGGUUGGGACUGCGCUCUCAGAAGCUAAGGCGGACACGUAUCUAAAGCUCACGUCACAAAAUGGCAGCUGCUAUACAGCUUUCUUUCGUAGUCUGUCUGAUAGCCGCGACGGCAUCUAUUGGCAAGGCGCAAACCAGUACUGAUGCAGCCACAACAACAGUUGUAGCCACAACCACAGCAGUUGCAAGUGCUGCUACCACAACAGCACCUGGAGGGUCCACAGCUGCACCUGGGAGUACUGUUACACCUGGCACAGGUCCGACAAAUGCACCUGCAGGCUCCACAGCUGCACCUGGUACAGGUGCAACUGCCGCUGCUACAACACAAAGUGCAGAAAUUGCCUGCCUGAGCUGUAACGGAACGGAUGACAGUAGCGACCCCUGCAUGACGGCAGCGUCAAGCUUCUCCACUACCAUAAACUGCGCUACACAAGCAGGGUGCUGGGUGUACCGGGAGGACGACGCCGGUAACGUCACGAUCUCUAGGGGAUGUGGGCGGAGCGACCUGAAUGAUGGGGAAUGCACGUCACAGAAGGAGGAUGAACAGUGCGAUACUAGUAAUACCAACAACAUCAAUGUUUGCCGCCGCUGCUGUACGACAGCCAGCUGUAACCACGCCGGCCUGACGCUCACGGGAUCUGUGGGAACUCCUACAGCCUACGUCAGCACUGUCGUCAUCGUGACGUCAUUCAUCACGGCCGUCUUCUGUAAUGACCUCCGUUUCUAGCACAUCUGGAUAGGUAUCAUUCUGAGUGACGUCACGUGAAAAUGACGAAAUGAUGACGUGAUACCUAUGUCAGCAAUAGCAUGUACAUAAGUUUGACUGUUUGAACGUUUGUGUGCCAAAACAAUCAUUGUGGAUACAAAGGAGUUCAUAAACUAAACUUCAAAAUCCUACUGUAUCGUUCAAUGGUUUGUAAUUUUGAAGUGUCUUUGGUUAUAUCCAACAUAUAUGCUACUCGUAAAAUAUGGAAAUUGCAAUGUAUUUUGUCAGAGGUAACCUAUCAUGCAAAGGUAACUGUUCGUCCUACUGUGGACGACGCUAUGACGAGUGACGUAAUGACGACUGUCUCCAUGACGACGUUUCUGACCUGAGACAUGUCUGAUGUCACUUGGAGCGACGUUCCUAUUUCAUGAUGUACAGUGCAGGGAUUUUAAACACUUCUCUCAGUUUCACGGAUCGGCUUUAAACUUUAUGUUCCUUGUAUUGCGGUUUGAUACCGUAAUAAAUGAAUGAAUUUUUAUAA